AUGGUAACGAUCUUGGACCCAGAUUCAGAGGAGACAUUCGCGACGAUGAUCGAGACGUGUCUGGUAACCAUUGCCAACGUCGUCACUUCGAUCGACAACCUCAGGUUGAAGAUGGCGAUGCCGAGCAGAGCGCACUUAUUCUCGGUGUCGUCCAACAACGACCAAGACUGCCUCAUCAACGACCAGGUCAUCAACAAGUUGGAGGAGGCAGACAAGAGGUCCAAAGCAGUCGCGCCGUUGUUCAACAAGCAACAACAACAACCAAAGAAGGCGAAAGCAAAGAAAGCUGGUGCACACUCGAAGCAGUUCGUGCAGCCACAGGCAGCCGUCCAGCCUGUGCCGUCAGCGAGUCAGCCUUCUCAGACGGGGUACUCGCCAGUCGGGAGUCAACCUCAGUCGAAGGGGUUUCGGAGCGACGGGAGGCAUUCGAAACCACCAAGCAGCAGCAGCACCAAGCAGUAA